CAUUUUGGCAAAACUUUGCGGGUAAAUACUCACUCUCAUCUUGGUUCUUCUUGUGUUAACCCUAAAAGAUAGUGUCACUUGUCAGGCGCGGCAGCCUUGCUCUCCACCACGAUUCCACGACCUCCACGCCACCACGGUCCCAGUCGGCGCCGGUGCAGUGCGGAGUCGCGACCUCGCUCCCGUCGUCACUCACAGUCGCUGGCGAUUUGGGUUGGGUUGGGUUGUGAGAACGGGUAAAAUGGAGGCAGAGGUGGUGGAGGCAGAGCUUGUGUUGCCAAGCUACCUCAGUUUCAAGAGAAUUCAAAUGUAUGAGAAAUACCCAAAAGGCCAAGCCAGAGGCAGGCAUUGGAAACAUCUUAAGCAGAUUAUCCAAGCUGAGAAUUACCAGAAUUACCCUCCUGAUGAACCAAAUUAUGCUAAUAUUGAGUCACCCCCAUCUAUGCACCCCUGCAAGAGAAUUUGUGAUAUUACAGGCUUUGAGGCACCUUACCAUGAUCCUAGGACUAAUCUUAGGUAUGCAAAUGCUGAAGUUUUCAAAAUCAUCAGAUCGCUUCCUAAUGAGUAUGUUCAAAGAUACCUAUCUCUAAGGAAUGCAGCAAUCGUUCUGAAGUAGUCGUGUCACUUUCCUCACCUCUGAACUCAAUUCCUAUUCCUUCGAGUUUCUUUUAUCAAUUUGUGAAUAAAAUCUUUUAGAAUGUGAAUUAGAUGUACUCUUUAAGACAUUCUUAACUCAUCUAGUGUCGGUCUGUCACCAACUGUCUUGUAUGAUAAUUAGUUGAUUGCAAGAUUUGUAUUGAUAAAUAACGAUAACGGUUGCCAAUCAAUAAUGUUGCAUGUACACAAACUAGUAUUU